AUGUCGACCACACCCACGGACCCAGAGGACAGGAUACACUUCGUGCGAAGACAUCAAGGACCAAAUGUCUUUCCCAACUUCUAUUUCUUCAGCCGCCUUGUGAGGCUUUCCUACAAGACGGAUUUGAUUGCCGUCACAGACUUGACAUUCGGCUACACUGCCAACUAUGCACAAUUUUUGACGGAUGUACUCAAUCUGAGGAACGUGCUGCGCUCGAGUCUCAGCCCCGAGGUUGUUGCGAGACUGGAUCGAGACGAAGAAGUCUUUGUCAAUCUGCUUGGGCCUGCCGGGUAUGAGUUCACGGUUGCCUUUCUCGCGUUGAUAGCACUGGGGGCUGUGACUGUGCCGAUAUCACCAGAUUUACCCGUUAAAGAGGCAUCUUACUUUGCCACCAAAUCUCGGGCGGUGGCUGUAAUCACCGCCAAACGUAGUGUUGCGCUAGGCCAAAGCCUGGAGAGAUGGAUGCAAAGUUCAGGGCAGCCUCAAUAUAGGUUCAUUGAGAUCACACCACAUGUUAUGCAGCCCUGUCUGGACCCGGACCAAUUUCUGGUUUCUUCAGACCCCUAUUUGGAUCUCAAUCGGUCGGGCUUGGUCAUCUUUACAUCUGGCACCACCGGCCCUCCCAAAGGUGCUGUCAAACGUCGAGGCUUUCUCAUCGAUGUAGCUAUCGGCUUUGGAGAUCAGCAUGGGAUUCGGGAAGGCGACGUCGUCCUGCACACCCUCCCUGUACAUCACGCUACCGGUAUCACAGUGACCCUUCUCCCAUUCCUGUGGGUUGGUGGACAUAUCGAGUUUAGAAGUGGAUCUUUCGACGUCCCAUGGACAUGGGAACGGAUACGGCAGGGUGGCUUGACCUACUUCAGCGGAGUUCCCACCAUUUACAUGAGGCUAAUGGCAUACUACGAACAACAUCUGUCGAAAUUGCCACCGGAUCAAUUGGACGCCUACAAAAAGGGUGCCAACGGGUUUCGAGCCAUGCUUUGCGGCACGUCAGCUCUUCCUCGACCACUGCAGCAGAAGUGGACGAAACUCAGGAACGGCCGAUCGAUCCUCACUCGCUAUGGGGGAACAGAAUUUGCCAACGGCUUCACCGUCACGCCGUGGGCUAAAGGUGUUCCCGAUGGCUCGGUUGGCGAGAGGGCGGCUGGAACCGACCUGUAUCUGUCGAAUGGCGAUGAGGGCGAGAUCUUGACCAGAAGUCCCAUCAUGUUCUCGAAGUAUGUGUCGCUGGGUUCUUCUGCUCUCACAGCUGACACGGCAGUUAUCAAGUCGGGUGGGUACAAGCUGUCCGCGUUAGACAUAGAGAGAGAGAUUUUGGGCUUAGAAUAUGUUUCGGAAGUUAUGGUUGUCGGUGUUGAUGACGAGGAGUUUGGACAGAGAGUCGCUGCAGCGAUUGUGCUGAAGCCUGAAUGCCUGAAGUCGUUGACAUUGGAAAAGCUGAGGGCGGACUUGAAAGACAACCUUGCAGGAUACAAGACGCCGACGUUGUUGCGAGUUGUUGACGGAUUGAAGAAGAAUGCAACGGGGAAGGUCAUCAAGAAAGUGCUUGUGAAAGAGCUGUUCCCGCCGGAAGGUCACCCAGAAGUGCAGAAAUGGAAGUCAGGGAAGACGAAUAGCAAGCUAUAA